GCAGCCUGCAGUGAUGGAGCCCGUCGGGCAGUCAGGGGAGUUUCCCUGUUGACAGCAGCAGACCUGACUGACACUCUCAUUGAGCUAGCCUGCCAGCUAGCUAGCUAGCCGCAUCACACCUAUUGGCCGCUUCCAACCCAAGCUAACUACUCUGUCCUCCGAUUGCCACCAUGGAUUUGAACACCAUCUUGUCACAGCUUGAAGCCGACGACGAAGAGGAAAUUGAGACGUUUCUGCGGCAGUAUAUCCGAGAGAACAAUCACACUUUCAGUUUUGACCAGAAGGAGGAAUCCCUGCGCGUUAAGCUGUGCCAGAGUGUGUUGGCAGUUCUUGGGAGGAAGGUGAAGCCCAGCUGUCAGAAGACAUGUCUGGAGACACUCCGCAUCCUGUCCAGAGACAAGCGUGUCCUCGCACCUGUAGCCACCAGGGAGGGCAUGCUGAUCCUGGGAGGAAUGGCGAGGCUGAACGCCGGAGAGGAAGGCGAUGACAACCAGAAAAUCUCUCAGGAAGACACCCAGUCAGAGGAGGAGGAGAGGGUUGUGGUGGAGGCCUUAAAGUGCCUAUGCAAUGUGGUGUACAAUAGUCCUGCUGCUCAGCAGGUUAGUGUAGACAUGCAGCUGGUUCAUGGCCUUUGUGCCACCCUGCGUACAGCCCGUACAUGGCACCAUGAGGUGGGCCUCUUCACACUGCGCCUUCUCUUCCUGGUGUCUGCACUAAGACCUGAUGUGAGAGGGGUUCUGAUAAGAGAAUGGCAUGCUGUGAGACUACUGACGGAGGUCCUGGAGCACACCCUGGAUGUGAGCUGGGUUGGUCCCUAUGAAGCCACCCGUCCAGAUCCACAGGCUCUGCCCAUGCCUGCAGAGGACAAUGAGAGAGCAAUGGAGGCGCUCAAAGCCUUGUUCAACCUCACACUGUCUGACACUGGUGGCGAGGAGGAUGACCACCAGUUCCGACUCAUUGCGGCCAUCCUGCGUCAUCAGUUGAUGCUGAAGACUGAGACCGAGGAAAAAACAGAGGAAGCACACAGCCAUGCCAUCAACCUGCUGAAUAACCUGCCUGUGUCCUGCCUGGACGUGUUAAUCGACUUGCCUGUCCAGGGCGGGCAAGAGAUAUAUGGUGGGAGAAAUAUGGAUGCAGUCCAGAAGUUAAUAGACUUCAUGGAGAAAAGGAUGGACAAGCAGGGCUCCAACUACAAAGAAGGUUUGACUCCGGUGCUCAGCUUUCUGACUGAAGGAUCCAGACGCCACAGGGAGAUCCGCAGAUAUAUCAAAACUCAGGUACUUCCCCCACUGAAAGAUGUAAAGAUCAGGCCAGAGAUUGGCACUACCACCAGAAACAAGCUGGUUCGCCUCAUGACACACGUUGACAUGGGUGUGAAGCAGACGGCUGCAGAGUUUCUCUUUGUCCUCUGCAAAGAAAGCGUGGACAACCUGUUGAAGUACACAGGAUAUGGAAACGCAGCAGGACUCCUGGUGGCUCGAGGACUUCUCGCAGGAGGGAGAGGAGAGACCCAGUACUCCGAGGAUGAAGAUUCCGACACAGAGGAGUACAAAUCUGCUAAACCCUUCAUCAACCCCAUCACCGGUCAUGUGGAGGAGCCGAUGCCGAACCCCAUCGAAGAGAUGACCGAAGAGCAGAAGGAGUACGAAGCCCAGAAACUGGUCAAUAUGUUUGACAAGUUGUCAAGGCAGAACGUGAUCCGGCCAAUGGGGGUCAGGCCUGACGGGACGUUAGCACCUCUUGAAGAAACUCUCUGUGAUCCACCUGAAGACUCAGGAUCAGACUCUGACUAGUGCACGAUACAUUUAGGCCACAUUUCCCAGGUUAAGCCCACUUGGCCCCAACACAUCUGGAGCUGUGUCCUAUUUCAAGGUCUGGACCUUUGAAGGAAGGUGCCCCCGACGGUGGGUCAGUCAGAGAAGAUAACAGCUGGCUGAAUCAGUCUGCCGUUAUUGAGCAAAAGUAGAAGAAGUCAGUCAAAAGAUCCACACGUUGUACCAAUAUCUCCCAAAAAAUUUUACUUUAUUAACUUAAACAUGCAGAUAUCAGUACUAUGUGUGGAUCUAUAGUCAAGACCACUUAAGGGUCGACCCCGAAUAGUCAAUGAUUUGAUCUUAGGAGCCUGGAGCCUUCGUUGUUAUGGGAAAAUGUGGUAGUGAAUCAAAGGAUCAUUCAUAAAUUACAGAACAUAGCACUAUUAACUACUAACGAUUCCCUAAAGUCAGCUGGUUGAGGUGCGUAGAAACAGCUGUUUGCGGCUUUGUUUCUCUCUCUACUGUUGACUGUCCCUUCACUGUCCCUCUUUUUAUGCUGUGUGUGGUUUGCCACAAUGGAGAAAACGAAAUUAGGACCGAAAGUCCUGUUUACAACCAAGAAAAGGAAGGAGGAUAAGAAACCAUGUCUCUCCGCUCCGUGUCAGUCUUACAUACAGCACCGCAACUACACACACACACACACACAUAACAAACAGCGCUGUCCAUUAUUCUGAAACAGCAGCUAAACGAAAGUAUCUCGGCCUAUAAUGUUUUUACUAUAUUUCUAUAGAUACAUUAAAAUUUAAACAUAGUUGGAUCAAUAAGCAAGAAAAGAAAGACAUGAUUCUUCAGUUGACUAAAGAUUUUUUUUGACAAUGUAAAUUCUAAGUCAGGGACAACCUUAAACUACUUUCACAGAAAACCAAAGUAAUGGUAGAGUUUAGGAUCUGCUUGUGAACUCCUCACCAGGAGUUCUAAAUUGACAAAGUUUAAAUACUGGCGACUGUGACAAGUUUUGUGAUACCUGAGUUAGAAUUUUAAUGUUUUAGAGCACGAAAUGCGGCACGACUGGCAAAUAGUGGAUCAGGUUGAUGAUAAAUGUAUCCAUAUAACUUCUAUUUAGCUGCAGGUUUAAGUCAGGAUUAGUUUAAGCAAUGUAUAAUAUAUGUCGGCCCAUUAUUACGUAUUCAGUCUAGAAAUGUGACUUCGGGUGAUCCAGCUCUGAACUGGGACACCGCUCAUCAUGUCCCAGGGAGCGCAGCAGAAAGUGCAUCAUGAUGCACAGGAGGCCUCCGUGGUUACUGUUGCACCUUAUUGUUGAAAAAAAUAGAGGUAAUAAUAUAAUUAUUUGCUGGAUCAUAUGUAUCUCACUGAAGGCACUGUUGUAAUGGGUUUUUAAGUGUCACUAGGUCUGAAAAUCAUUCCUUCACCUGAGGUUUAGUUUUUCACUUCUUUUUAAGUUUCACUUUUUUUUUCCGCUACAUGACGAUUUUGUCCACUUUGUAUUUCUAUAUAAUUCAAGUGCACAAUCUAAAAACACAUUUAGACAUGAAAUCACUGAAAACUGUCCACUGUUUUAAAAUCAUGGGGCCUGUGUCCAGUUUGGAUGGAUAUACAGUGUAUUUAGAAAUCAGGCAGUGUCCCUGUGGACAGAUUUAACUUGCAGCUCACAGUAUCGUUUCCAUUCACAUAUUUUUAUGCAAAUUAUUAAUAAUCAUGUUAGAAAGGCUGGAAACAGUAAAAUAUGAUAACACUUUUAAGUCUAAACUUUUUCAUUUGGUUGUUUCUGCCUUUCUCGAGAAAGAGUUAAUGUGAUUAAAAGAUUAUGGAAAAGCUAUUGCUGAAUAAAUUUUGACAUUGUUAACAUUUAACUUACAUGACUUAUGAGCUGUUUCCACUGUCGGCGUCUACUCGGAUAUUCCUAUGGCGUGUUAAUGCUUUAAUCUUUAUAUGCGGACAUCAUAAAACAUGGCCAAUAGUAGCUGACAUGAAAGAACAAUUAAUGCGUGCCCAACUAAAACAAAUUCCUGUAUACCAUUCUCCAUUUCCUCGUGUAGGUGGGCUAGAUGGCCAAGGAGACUUGAUUGGUUUCCGGUUCGCAAAACUCUUCUUCUCCUCCUUUUACUGGCAGAUUAAAGCCUCGGGUAGCCUAUAGAGAAAACCUCUGACCAAACUACGCUGUAGCCGAGUCUAUUUGAUACAAACCAGUUAAUGGAAAUAAAACUACGCUUAAAAUUUUCUUGAAAAUGUAGAGGAAACGGGGGCUAAUUGUUUGGUUGUGUAAUAAUCAAUUAGUCAGAAAUCUUCUGAAUUCAGGGCUUGGUGGUUUACUGUUGUGUCACUGAGAGUUGUUUUUUUUUCAUUUAUAAUUAUGACUAUAAAUAGAGAGAUUCAGCAUUUGUUGUGUAUGAUUGUGUACAGAUUGUUUCUGCCUGUUGUGGACUCUCGACAAAUAGCGUAAACUGCAAUGAUUGUUUUCUAAUCCAUGUUACUUUUGCCAAAUCUGUAUGCUGUUUCAUUUCUCAGUGACUCAUUUUCUUGAUUUACUUUUUUUUGCAAAUUUUAUACGAAUCCACAGCUUCAUUUUCUGUAUAAACUGAUAAAUAUUUCUUUGUGUUGGUACAAUUUCAUUUUAUGUAAAAGCUGCCAGUUCUGACAAAAGAUGCACGGUUUGUUAUAACUUCACAAGUUUGUUCUAUUAUUACAAAUUGCUGAUUUCAAUCAAGAGAAACUAAAUAUUGCU